AUGAUUUUAAAUAAAUUUGAAAAAUUUCUUAUUCCUUUUAAACUGAUUUUUAUUUUAAAAUUUAAUAAUAAAAAAUUUUAAAAUAAAAUCAUAUUAAAUAAGCUGGGAAGGUAGAGAUGAACAAGUUUGGAAUGAAGAAAGCGCAGCCUAUUACUAUGAAAAUAAACUCAAGCAUAAGGUUAUCACUGCUCUAAGAAUAUUUCAAGAGAUUUUCCACGAGCGAGUUAAAGCUUUAGACUGCAUUUUAACUAUUCCUUAUCGAUUUCAAAUAGCUGAAUCCUUUGUAACUUGGCAAAGCUGCACAUCCCAUCCUUUAUCCAAUAUAGCAAACAUAUAUUCACGAUCAAAAAUGCUUAAAAAAUCAAUAAUCUCUUGGAGGAGACUCACAAAAAAGAAAAUAAUUAUGAAGCAAAAAAUUCAGAGGGCAGUUGAGUAUCACAGUCAUAGAAAAAUGCUGCUGGUUUUAGCCAACUGGGCAGGAUAUUUAAGUGAAUGCUAUCAUAAUAGAGCAAAUAAUAGGUCAUACUCGUAUAACCCAAGAAAAGGAUAUAGCAUGCUAAAAAGGAGACAAGAUAGAAGUCUAGUUGAAGGACAAAUUAAUGAAAAGCCGCAUUUUAGGUCCUUUAGCAUAUUGGAAUCAACAAGUUUUUGCACAGAAAUGAUUGUGGAGCUUGAUAAAAUGGCAAAAGAUUAUAGAAAUAAAAUUUUAAAGAAAAAAACAUUGGAAGCAUGGAUGGUCAAGCAUAGGUCUCAACCCCACACCCCCACCCCCCCCCUUUUUAAUGGUACCCCCACCCCCCCUAAAAAUGGCAUCCCCACCCCCCUUUCACAGAUGGCACCCCACCCCCCCUUAAUAUAGCAUAAAUAUAUGACAAAUGCCAAUUUAGAGCAGACGUAAUAAAAAUAAAUUAUUAUUUUAAAUAUUCAAAAUUACUGAUUUAUACAAUAUCCACAUAGCGUAGCACAAUUGAUUAAGGAGUAGGUGGAAUAAGGUGAGAAUUUCCUAUAACUACUAAGACACCACAUAUGAAGAAAUUUGCUAAAAAGCAUUAUAAUGAUCUUUGGUAUUAGUUAGCAGUUAAUCCUGCAUAUAUUUAUGAAUUUUGUGGAACAAUGGCUAAAGUCGAAUUAGAGAUCCAAAAGUAAAAUUGACAAUAGCAAAUACUAUUUUUAUUACCACUAUUGAAUCCUGUUACCAAUUCAGUCCUGCAAUCCUUGUACAAUGGACAUUAGAUUAGCUUUAAUGUAUGAAUCAAUAAAUUUAAUGCAAGUAUUGUGUUGUGCUUGGCUCAUUUAAUAAUUAAUGCCAUUAUCUAUAUCUUUGGCAUUAUAUUUAUAAAUAUAAAAAACAAAUUUAAUAUAUUUUCUAAUUAAUUGCUAAUUAAUUUUAAAUUUAUUAAUUAAUCAUAAAUGUAAAGUAAUUUGUGGACUUAAUUUAUCAAUGUAGUGUUUUAAUUGGGUUAUAUUUAAUUUAUUUUCCUUAUUUCCUAUCAAUUACUUCUAUAGAAUAAUAAACCCAAGAGGGGGUGGGGGUGCCAUCUGUGAAAGGGGGGGGUGGGGGUAUCAUUUUUAGGGGGGGUGGGGGGGUUGGGGGUGUGGGGUUGCUACCUAUGCUUGACCACAUGGAUAAAAGGACUGAUGAGAAUUGAUAAAGCUGAAAAAUUAAAGAAAAAAGCUGCCAAUUUCAAAAAUUCUUUAUAUAAAAGAAAAUUUUUUAAAUUAUGGGAAAAAAGAUACACUGUAGCUGCAGGGCUCUCUAUACUAAAUGUAUGUUUAUUCAAAAUUCAAGUAAAAAAUUCCUUCAUUAACCUGAGAAAAUGGGCAUUAAAAUUCAAUAAAAACUCCAAAAGAGCUAUAAAGCACAAUAAAGAAAACAUCAGUAUAGAAAAUUAUUCUGAAAAAAUGCAGCUAUUUCAUAUGGACGACUAUGAGCUUGCUCUAAAUAUAAAAAUGCUAGAAAAGAAGCUCACUGCUUUAAACCAAGAAUUAUCAAUUGAACAAAUCAAUCAUUAUAAACUUUUAGCUGAAAAACGAGAAUAUAUAGCUUUAUUUUAA